CGCAAAUUAUAUGCGCCGCACCGUAUGGUUGAGAGCUUUAAAUAUCUCCCAUGCACAUAUCCAAAACAUCAGAUUAGAUGGAACAUCUCAGAGGCAUUAAUGGCUGGCUCUUGGAAACGCCGCUUUCCGAACGCGACAGCUAUUACUCGUGGCUCUGCCUCCGGUGGCACAUCAUCUUCAGCCUCAUCUUUCAAUAUGUUCGAAUCUGCACUGUUUGGACACCGAUAGAAGCCCGCAAUAGGAUUCUUAUCCGAUUGCAAAAGGGAUACUAUCCUUUGCGCCAGGACUCAGUGUGGCUUUGCCUCGGAAUUAGAGCCUUGAUUCUGGCCCGAUACUUUUGGCUAGCUGCAAAGGUGCUCUUCCUAGAGCUCUAUUUCCUGAACUUCCUGUUCUGGAAAUUUCAUGAAUAUGCUCGACGAAGGAAUAUCCUACCUCAACUCACAAGACUCUUCUCUCCUGGUUUUCAUAGACUUGCCGUACUUGCACCCGGCUCGCCCUCCAGACUUCGUUACGCAGUCGCAAAUAUUGUCGCAACAACUUGGUGCUUAUGGGCAAAGCUCUUUCCGCUCCCACCGAUAGCUUGGGCCGCCUUUGUUGUAGUGAACUCAUUCAUGAGCUGUUACAAUAUGAAGGCGACUAUGGUAUAAAAGUGCCGUGCUCCAGUACCGAUGUGAGGGAUAGCGUACAGUGUGUAUCCUCUACGGUAACUGUACGCGGAUUUAAACAGACUGAUGUCGCAAUCGCAGCAAUAAUCUCGUCAAACUCAACGCUGUUUAACAGCGAAACAAACUUUACGGUUUUUGACAUUGAAACCAAUCAACCAGUUAAAAAUGGCUGUCAAGAGACUCAAGAUUGCCGUGCUGGACGACUACCAAAGGGCGUCUGAGCCAUACUUGGCAAAGUUCAAGGAUGACCAUGAGAUUGUCUACUUCCCCGACACCCUGCCGCCAUAUAACGGCGCAGACACCCCGCAGUCAGUUAAAGACGCUUUGGUAAAGAGACUUGAGCCAUUCAACGUCAUCAGUAUGCAAUAAUGGCAGAAUUCUGUUCAACCUGGAAUGAGUA